CAUUUCGGAAAGUUGAUCUACAUUAUUUGUUUUGAAGUCCUGAUGGUGUGAACCGCAGUGAAACUGGUGCAAAAAAUCAGGUUUUUACAAAUUAUUCUUUUUAAACAAAUUAUUCUUGUGCAUAACUCUUGGAUGAUAGGAAGUUUUAUACAUAACAACUUGAGUGCAGAUGUGCAUUGUGUAAAAUGGGAGCUUCAGCUGUUUAUCAUGAAAGACAAAUCAAAGAGUUGUGUGCGCUCCAUGCGCUAAAUAAUUUAUUUCAAGAUAAAGAAUCAUACAACAAGAUCCAGUUAGACGAAAUUUGCCGUAAUCUGGCUCCAAAUGAUUAUAUCAAUCCACAUAGAUCAAUUUUAGGCCUAGGAAAUUAUGACAUAAACGUUAUCAUUACAGCAUUACACAUCAAAGAUUGCGAAGCAGUUUGGUUCGAUAAAAGAAAAGACCCUUGUUGUAUCGAUACUUCAAAAAUAGUUGGUUUCAUUUUGAACGUUCCAUCGAACUACAAAAUUGGAUUUGUACGUCUGCCAAUUCAGCGGAGGCAUUGGAUCAGUGUGAGGAAAAUCAAUGGAGAAUACUGGAACCUGGAUUCGAAACUAGAUGCACCCCAAGUAAUAGGAAAGGAAACCCAAGCUAUGGAAUACCUACGUUCGCAAUUGCAAAGCAACGAUAAAGAACUGUUUAUCGUCUGCACAAAGGGAGUGGAUAAGGACCAGACCUGGCUUUUUCCGGAAUAUAGGCAUGAUGGAGAAAACAAAUAAUAACAUUAGACCAAAACUUUAAUAAUGAAAAUAUGAACUUUAUUUUGUUGGGUUUUAAAUAUAUUGAUUGAAUAUUCAGAAUAAA